GCAUUAAAGGGCGGCACACAAACCACACCGCAAGACUAAUGGUUUGUUCUUGGGGAUUAAUUCUAGCCAGUGAUCUCUAAUUAUCCCGAAGCAUGUUGAAAUCUUUUGGUGCAGGGGCACAAUGAGGAUCAUAUUUGGACACAACACAAUUUGAAUGUGUGCCUUAUUGUGCCCCUCAAUUCUGGCAAGUGCAGAAAGUUUGCCGUCAGGAUAUAGGUGACAGGGGCUACUGAGUUGAUUUUUUGGCCAGUUUUCAAUGGAAUGAUCCAGGGGCCUGUCCUGUUCCUGGAGAAGGUGUUCUUUUCCUUGCUCCGCGAUCCGGGGAUUUACUAUGCGACUGUCUCUUUUGCGAAUGCUAGUCUUCCGCUUGUGUGUAAAAUAGCGAAAAAAGCCUUGUCAAGUUGUUUUAGAAAAAAAACGUGAACAUCCCUUCUCUGGGAGGACUGGCGGAGAAGUUCAGGGUCUUGGUGGAUUGGAAUGUGUGUGCCUGAAAGGAGAAUAUCGAGUUUGUGUAAUAAAUAUUAGAGACGAUCGCUGAGGCUGCCAGAGCGGUGUUGAGGGGUAAAGGAGGGAGCGAGGGGCUACUUUUAUUUCGCAUCCCCCUCCCCGCCCCCCAACUACUCCCCGGUUUAAAAAAUACUGGAGACAGAAGCAAAUCAGCAGUUGUACCUGGCGAACCCUCCCCUUCCUCCUAAACUGCCAGCCCCCCACCCAUCCCAGAUCAAUUCCAGUGCCAGGCUCUGUCUCCUUAAGCCUCAGGUUUAUAACUGCGGUGAAUGGAAAGUUUCGCCUGGUAUUUGUGCUCUGGUCUAGCAUUGGGUGUUCGCUUCUGGCAGCUUACUGAGCUGCACCAUUUGACCGACUGCAAACACAUCCAGGAUAUAUAUCCCACUGGAAAAUUCACUAAUCUUGACUCCAGGUUUUUUUUCUCCCCUUUGCUUCGGGAAACUUGCCAUCGGAUCUUUAGGCGCGAAUACCGACAGACUUUGCGACUCUUCACAUCAGAGAGUUUUUUUUGAAAUCCGACAAGUAUAUGAAUGGAUAACACGUUACACGGAGGCUCCUAAGAUCUGUUGGAGUUGCUCGUGGGUUUGACUUGUCUUUUGUUUUUAUUUUACCACCGGGAUGAUGUAUUCUCCGAUUUGUCUCACGCAGGUAGAUGAAUUCCAUCCAUUUAUUGAAGCACUUCUUCCACAUGUUCGUGCAAUUGCAUAUACCUGGUUCAAUUUACAAGCCCGAAAACGUAAAUACUUCAAGAAGCACGAGAAACGAAUGUCUAAGGAUGAAGAAAGAGCAGUAAAAGAUGAGCUGCUGAGUGAGAAACCAGAAAUCAAGCAAAAGUGGGCAUCAAGGUUACUUGCGAAACUCCGCAAGGACAUCCGGCAGGAGUACCGGGAGGAUUUUGUGCUCACUGUUACAGGCAAGAAGCACUCUUGCUGUGUCCUGUCCAACCCUGAUCAGAAAGGCAAGAUGCGAAGAAUCGAUUGUCUACGGCAAGCUGACAAGGUGUGGCGUUUGGAUCUAGUAAUGGUGAUCCUGUUUAAAGGCAUCCCAUUGGAAAGUACUGAUGGAGAGCGUCUUGUCAAAUCCCCACAGUGCGCCAAUCCACUACUCUGUGUUCAGCCCCAUCACAUAACUGUAUCGGUGAAAGAGCUUGAUUUGUUUUUGGCUUACUACGCUCAGGAACAAGAAUCUGGUCAUGCAGAUAGUCCCAGCCACAGCGAAUCUACGAAAAAUACUCCAGCAUAUCUAGAAGACAGCUUUGUAAAGUCUGGAGUCUUCAGCAUUGGAGAGCUUGUGCGAGUGUCACGAACGGCUAUUACUCAAGGAAGUGGGAUUAGUUACAACCUUGCAGAAAUUCAAAGCCAACCAUUCUACCAUGACAUAAACUCUGGACUACAGAGGUCAUUGUCCUCUCCACCAGGCAGCAAACGGCCUAAGACGAUUCCUAUUGAUGACACCAUAGACACCAGCCCAACAGAAUUCUACCCUUCUCCCAGCUCACCAACCAGCGUCAGCCGAACGUGGCAUGAAAGAGAUCAAGAAAUGGCAUCUCCUACAAUGAAGAAACAUGAGAAACCAAUGUAUAGUGGGCCCACAUCUCCGCAAGGUUCAUCACCAAGAUUGAGCACUUUCCCACCACAUCACCACCCUGGCAUCCCAGGACACAGCGUCAUCUCAACAAGAAGCCCACCUCCUCCUUCACCUCUCCAUUUUUCAGCACCCUCCAUUCUCCCUCCUGCACCCAGUAGUUACUUCUCACACCCAACAAUCAGAUACCCACCACAUCUUACCCCUCAGGACUCAGCAAAGAACUUUGUUCAACUCGGCUGUGGCCCGUCCAAUCCACAAACAAGCCAGCCCAACAGUAGUGGUCAAGUAGUGGGCAAAGUGCCUGGUCAUUUUACUUCAGUACUGGCUCCCUCACCUCAUCAUGGCAUGUCCAGACCAGUGACACUUGCCAUGUCUUCAGACUCUAAACCGAUCACUACAUCAAGCGAAGGUGAGGCAACAUCAUCUUCAUCAUCCACUUACACGGGUUCAGGUACACCCCCGACCAACCGCCAAUUUGUUGGACUCAGCUCCAGGGACCCAGCCUUCCUCCACCAGCAGCAGCUGAGGAUUUGUGACUGGACCAUGAAUCAAAACGGCAGGCAUUUAUACCCCAGUGCCAGUGACGAUACUUUGGGAAUUGCUUGGCAAAGUCCUGGUACUUGGGCUAGCUUGGUCCCAUUCCAAGUGUCAAAUGGGACUACUAUCCUGCCAACGAAUGUUCAGAAUUACAGUUUAAACUUCAUCAGUGAACCCUUCCUCCAAGCAGAGACAACAAACUGAAGAUAAUGAAGAUCAAAUAUCAUCUCUGGAUCAACAACAAAUGUUUUCAGAAACACAGAAACGUGAUUGCUGCAUUCACAAUCACCAAAUUCUUGCAAACUUAAAAUCUGCAUAAAUGGUAUUUCAUCAGUAAUACAGUGAGGGUGAUUUUCAUACUUGGGUAACACAUCAUGCGAAGCAUUGGCCUUUAUUGAACACUGCGAUCCACUAGGGGACAGUUGUUUUAAUUUCCAGAUCUGACAUACUUAAAACACUUAUUAGCUUUUAGAUGUUUAAGACUUUGCAUGUUUAAGUAAUUAGUGGGGUUCAGGUAUCUAUUUUUUUAUUCACUCAGUCCAGGAGUAGUAAAACUACAGCCCAGUCUUUUUGAUUGAUAAGGAUUUACUUGUAUGAUAAAGGCUGGAUGAGGAAUGUACAUGUAAUUAUGUGUUUUCUACAAACUGUUGUCUGAGGGGACAAAAAGCCCACAAAGCACACAAUUAGACUAUGCACACUAUGAUACUACAGAAAACAAAACAAAACAAAAAGAUGUAGAUGGAGAUUUACUGAAUUUAUGUUUCAUGAUUGGCUCACAAAAUUGCUUCUUGUCACUGAACCCAUUUUCCUUUCACCUUUAGUGUUUAGUAUGCAGAUCUGAACAGAUUCUCUUAGAUAAAGAUAAGUAUUUGGAAAAGCAUCGUAGUUUAGUUUUAAGCAGUAAUAGUCCCUCACAGUUUAAGAUGCUUUGAAAUUAACUGAAUACAAGAAUGAACCUCACUGAUAGUUUUUUGUUGCCCUUAAAAUGUCAGUAAUUCUUAAAAAAAACACUUAAGAGGCAAGUGCAAUUUAUCAUAUCUGAUUGAGGGGUUUAAUAUAAGUCCUUGUGCCCUAGGACUCUAAAUUGAGGGGAUGUAAUAUAACCUUAAAAUAAGUCUGAUUUUUUUGCCCCUCCCCCAUUGAGAAUGUGUAUUAAUUAAGGGGCAUAAAUGAAUAAUAGACACAUGCUUGCUUAGGAAGGCAAUUAAACACAAUUGAAAAUACUGCACUUGAUUCAUUAUACUCCAUUUGCUCCUUGGAGUUUAAAAAUAUAUAAUAUAUAUGUAUCAAGUGUGUCAGGAAAAUAAAGCAUGGCAUAAUCAGUUUCCAAGACGCUAAUGUGAAAGUGUCACUCGGAGCUUAUUGGUGAGCAGCACCGCAGUUUACAAAUCAAUGGCGACAGGGAUGCAGCAGCUAAGUUUCUCGCACUCUACUGAGUAAACACUAUUUUUAACCACAGGGUGCCGAAUAAUGCAUGGUGCUUUUCUUGCACAAUUAGCCUUGCUAUCUGCCUGAUAGUGCUAGUGGCAGGACUCCAGUGUGCAUGUCAAGUCAGUUUUGCCCCUUCUGUUUCUCUGUAUCUCUAAUAGAUCUUAUCCUUGAUUUGCACGAAGUUAUAUAGUCCACAUUACGUGCCUUGCCUUUGAAAUGAAACAGUGACAUCACUGCACACGUUUGCUGCAUAUAUUAUAGCUCAUCUUAUGAAAACUACCAUUUGUAUGAAAGAAAUUAUUUUGUACUCCAAAGGAGAGUGUGACAUCACUAAUUGUCAAUAUUCAAAUACUUUGUUAUCUCAUUUAUAAAGCAUAUCAUGGCUGUGAAUAGU